CAACACGGCAAAUAACUGUAGUCAAUUGCUUCAUCUCCGGUGUGCCGCCGAUUUCGUUUCUCGCUCUCCAACGCCGUCCUUCCGCUCUUUCCCUCGCCUGAUUACGUCCUGCCACAUGUCUCUCUCGUCGCACUCCACCGUGCCUACGGUUUCCACGGUCACCAUAUCCUACUCAGAGCUCAAGGAGAGCAACAUAGAUUUGUCUGCGAGGAUUGAAGAAGGAUUUGGACCUAAUGGACUUGGAAUUCUCUCUGUUAAAGAUGUUCCUGGAUACUCUGCUUUACGUCAGAAUCUACUUCGGCUUGCACCUAGGUUAGCUGGUCUUCCUGAAGAGGUUAAGAGGGAGCUUGAAGAUGCUCAUAGUAGGUAUAAUUUUGGUUGGAGUCAUGGCAAGGAAAAACUUGAAUCCGGGAAGCUUGAUAUGUUGAAGGGUUCUUACUAUGCUAAUCCUCUACAAGAUGUACCGACGAGUAAUUCAUAUGAAAUACAGCGGUAUCCAUCAUAUUGUGGAUCAAACAUAUGGCCAAGGAAUUCUUUACCGGAACUUGAAGGAGCUUUCAAAGCUCUUGGUAAACUGAUGUUCGAAGUUGGACUGAUGGUAGCUUACCACUGUGAUCAAUAUGUGUCAAAGGGUAUAAAACAACAUGAAAAGCAAAAUCUUGAAAAGAUACUACUUGACUCUCGGUGUCACAAAGGACGUCUGCUUUAUUAUUUUCCUGCUCAGGAUAGUACUAUGCAUGACAACGAUUCCAUCUCAUCUUGGUGUGGAUGGCAUACGGACCAUGGUUCACUCACAGGUCUUACUCGUGCAAUAUUUUCUAGAGAUUCAGUUGAAGUACCUUGCCCAGAUCCUGCUUCUGGCUUAUACAUACAAACACGAUCGGGUCAGAUCGUUAAGGUUGUGUACGGGGAAGAUGAAAUAGCAUACCAAAUAGGCGAGACAACAGCAAUUCUGUCAAGUGGUUAUCUUUGUGCUACACCUCAUUGUGUUCGGGCGCCACAAGGAGAAGAGGCUCGUGGUCUAGAGCGAUCAACAUUCGCAUUGUUCAUGCAACCUGACUGGGAUCAGAAGCUUACAUUCCCAAAGGAAGUUACAAUACAUGAAGAGUUAUCUCUCUCUAAUGAAGUCUUGACGUUUGGUGAAUAUACAGAGAAACUGCUCAACAAAUACUACGAUUCAAAACCUUAGAAGCCUUUUAAGUCGCGGCGUAAAUGACAGUUCCAUUGGUGUAAGAAAAAUCUCACAAAAUU